AUGACGGCUGAACUCAUCAUGCCGUCCGUCCGCGAUCUGACCCACCCUCACGGUGGUCACUGGGAGCACUACGCUCUCCCUCAGCGCCCGCACUUCUCCCACACGCGCUCGCAAUCCUAUCAGCUGCCCAACAACAGCAAUGCCAACAGCACACCCAUCACCACCACUUCUCACCACACAUCCCCAUUACACACCCCAGGCGCAACCUCGCCAACGUCACCCGGCACUCGGUCUCUUGCUGCUGCCCGCCAGGCGCGACCACUCUUCAUGCCUGCCGUCCUGCGCCCCACUGAGUUCUCCUCAAAGUUGCCUCGCUCUCCCAAGAACGAAGACGGACCUGAGAGUCCCGCCGACCUGAAUCUGCAGCGCGUCAACAGCAGCUUCAUCAGUCUUCCGGGCCUGAGCAUGAUCGGUUCGCGACUGAGCCGGCGCUCCACGGGGGACAGCGGAAAGGCGAUGGACUGCGAUUUGGAUCCGGAGCUGUUCCCCGAGGUCAGCGGCGAACCUACGCGCAAGCACUGGAAGCCCGAUCCUCACGCCUCAAUGUGCGAUGACCCUACUUGCCAGCGUACAUUCAACUACUUCAACCGCCGCCAUCACUGCCGCAAGUGUGGCAACAUCUUCUGUGACAGCCAUUCUGCGCAGACAAUCCCUCUCGACCAGGACCUCAACUACAACCCUCGGGGUUCCCCCUCGCGCUCCUGCGGGCACUGUUUCACCCAGUUCAUCGCGUGGAAGAGCCGAAACAACAGCCAGGCCAGCAGCGAUCAGGGCUCUUCAGUCGACACUGCCGCCGGCCCCAUGCCUGGUGCCGCCAUCCCUACGGGAAGCGCGAGCCCUGUUCCCACCAGCAGCCCCAGUGGUAGCGUCACUAUGGGUUAUGCCAGAGGCCCGGAGGUUGCCGCCAGUGUGCCUAGAGAUUGGAACUGGAGCACCUUCUAG